UCUCAAAGCUUUUUUUUUUUUUUGCAUAUAAGAAUGUAGCUCAUCUGGUAGAGGAGAUAGUAGACUGGUAAGGGCAGGAGAAAAGGUGAAAGAUGUUAAAGGACGUGUUUAGCUUUUCAAGACCUCCGUGGAAGUAUUACUCCUGAGAUUAUCAGCACUUUACUUUCAUCUUGAAGCAACUUUCUCCAAGAAACAUGGCUGUUUGGGUUAUUUUACCCAUUGUUCUGUGUGCCGUCUCAUUCAUCGGGUGCUGGACAGUAUAUGGACUUGCAUUACAUUUCAACCAUGUCUGCUCACUUACUAACUGGGAAUACAGAAACUCAUGUCAAACAAAUGAAACAGGGAAUUGCUGCACCCUGGAGAAUGUCCCCACCAUAAGCACAAGUGGAGCGAAUUUUCCGGAAAACUCUCUAUUCACAGCAACAAUCAAUGCUGGUUCAUUUUUGUUUCUGAUUUUCUGCAUUUUCCAUCAUGCACACAUCCUGGACAGGAACCAUGCUCAUUCUCUUCUCAGUAAGAUUGCUAUGAUUUUAGGCUGUGUGGUGUCUAUGGGUGCUUUCAUGGCUGGAAACUGCAAUCCAACGGAGCUGAUGUUGCUCCAUUACCUGGGUGCUGCCCUGAGCUUUUUGUGUGUGUGUCUGUACAUGACCAUCUUGACCUCCCUCACUAGUAAAUGUGUGAUGACGGGGUGUGAACGGGUUCUCUACCCACUACGCAGCAUCUCCACAAUUAUCCAGGUUUCUGCCACCAUCCUCUACGGCAUCUUCUUCAUCCAUGAGGAUUACUACUAUAAGCACAUCUCUGCUGUGUUUGAAUGGUUGCUGUCUGUCAAUCUGCAGCUCUAUGAACUCAGCUACUCCGCAGAGUUCUACUUUUUCUCCUCGUCGAUGCUUUCAGUGCUUUUAGCAAAGAAAGAAGAAGAGAAAUGUCUCAUUUUGUCUUAAUGUGGAAAGAAUCCUUCAGAAGAUAGAUCGUUUUCUUCAUUUUUCCAUCAUGGAUUCAUAAUAGAUGGCAUGUUUUAACCUCAUUCAAACAGUAGGUCUGCUCAGGAGACAU